UCGUAUGACCGGGACACUGGCGUGUCGACGUUCCUGGCACCGGUCAUCACGAAGAAUGGUAAGGAAGGAAAGAUAUAUGAUGCUUUGGGGUUAUGAUUGAUGAUAUUUUCUUAAAUUAUUCCAUGGUAACCAGAUUGUCACUGAUGCAGACGGAUGCGCACCAGGUUGAUCAUGUCAUUGGGCACGACCGGUUUUUUAUCUUCUAUUAUGGGUAUGGUUAUGUUCAGUUCUGUUCAAUCGUUCAUUGUAUGGGCACACGAUGUUACGAGUCUUGAUUAUAUCGAACAGGAAUCGAACUCACUCCUUAAACACAUUCAAUUUGUAUAUGUCGGAUAUGUGCGUAGGCUAAAUUCAUUUCUUAACUUCCUUGCCGUUGUAGAUUUUCCAGCAUACGCGGGAGCUGUGGUAGCUGGUUGAAUUACUUACACGCUACCCCAUAACCAGUACAUAACUGCGCAGCUGCCUGCGUCUUUUCAGACGUUAGACAUGUGUUUUUAUUAUCUGAGAUCUCUCU